GUAACAUUUGUCUUAUCUUUCUCAGGAAUCAGAAUUGACUGUACAUCUCUAGUUUUAGUUCUAAAGUGAUAACUCAGGACAUGUCUAAAUUUUUCAUUUGUAAAGGAGACUUUUAUCCGCAAAAAUCAAGACCUUCCUUCUUUGAUCAGAGAGAAAGAGAGAGUACAAGGAGGCGGAGCCCCAGGCAGAGGGAGAGAAGCAGAGAUAUUUUUGUAUUCUUGUUUUUCUAAGGAAGAUAUGUCAUCUUCAAAAUGAAGAUUUUGGAUUCAUCUCUGGAGUAAAUAAACAGUCAUAAUCAAACAAUGAAGUUGAUCCGAGAUCGGUGGGACCAUCACAACAUGGAGAUGAAUGAAGUCCAUAAUUAUAACUCUGAGCUGGUAAAGCAUGGUACUGCUCCACAAUGGCAAAAGAGAAAGUCUACAUUAAUCACAAGGAAACAUGGAGAAAACCCAUCUCCAUUUUUCGUAGCCCGUGCCAUUGCUGUAGCUAUGGGGAUCCAUUUCAUUAUAAUGGUAAUGAUAUGCGGUGCCAUAAUCGUACAUUCAUUAUUCAACAAAGAAGCUCCAAUUUCUUUGCAAGAAUGUUAUUGUGGCCCAUGUCCUAAAAACUGGAUAUGUUAUAGAAAUAACUGCUACCAAUUUUUUAAUGAGAGCAAAAGCUGGUACCAGAGCCAAGCUUCUUGUAUGUCUCAAAAUUCCAGUCUCCUGAAGAUAUACAGCAGAGAGGAUCAGGAUUUCUUUAAAUUGGUGAAGUCAUAUCACUGGAUGGGACUAAUACAAAUUCCAGCAAAUGGAUCUUGGCAGUGGGAAGACGGCACCAUUCUCUUGCCCAGCCAAUUAACAAUGGUUGAAAUGGAGAAUGGAACUUGUGCAGUUUAUGGAUCAAGUUUUAAAGGUUAUACAGAAAACUGUUUAACUCCAAACACAUACAUCUGCAUGCAGAGGAUUGUGUAAAAGCUUAUGAUUUAUAAAAAUAUAAAGAAUUCAAAAACACAGAAGCCAUUCUUGAGACGCCAGGGUGGCUCAGUUGGUU